UCUGUGAAGUCUCGUUAAGACCAAGCCUUGUUUGAUCCGUCUGGGCACACAGUUUAGCAAACACAACAGGAGUAUCUGCUAAUCCUGUUAACAUGUUCCAGGACUUACAUCGGAGAGCAAAGAGCACGUAUAACAUCGUCAAUGGCGCAGAUGUUUGAUGAACCGGUUGUCGGGAUUGAUCUUGGGACCACUCAUUCGAGUGUGGGAGUGUGGCGAAAUGGACAUGUGGAGAUCAUCCCCAACGAUCAAGGUAACAAGAGGAUGCCGUCAUAUGUCGCUUUCACUGACACCCGGAGACUCAUCGGAGAUGCUGCCAAGAACCAGGCCGCUAUGAACCCAACCAACACAGUCUUUGGGGCAAAGCUGCUGGUUGGUAAGAGAUUCAGUGACCAGUCGGUCCUAACUGAUGCGGUGCUCUGGCCUUUCAAGAUCGUUGCCGGUCCGCGUGACAGACCCACAAUAGUCAUCAACUACAAGGGUGAAGAGAAGCGGCUUUUUCCUGAGGAAAUAUUGUCUAUGAUCCUCGCAAGAAUGAUGGAGACUGCUGAGGCUCACCUUGGCGCCACUGUUGAAGGAGCUGUAGUCACGGUCCCGGCGUGCUUCAACCACUUUCAGCGACAGGCUAUUAAAGAUGCAGGACAAAUCGCUGGCCUUAAAACUGUACGCAUUAUAAGCGAACCAACUUCAGCUGCAAUUGCUUACGGCCUUGAUAAGAAGGGGAGUUUUGCUGACGAGAGGCACGUAUUGGUUUUUAACCUUGGUGGUGGCACGUCUGACGUAUCACUCCUGAGCAUCAUGUCGGGAAUUCUUGCAGUGAAGGCUACUGCUGGGAAUGCCCAUAUUGGAGGUGAGGUCUUUGAUAACAGAAUGUUGCGCCAUUUUAUCCAAGAGUUCAAGAGGAAGCACAACAAGGACAUCAGUGGAAAUCCCCGAGCUCUCAGGAGAUUGAAGACUGCCUGUGAAUCGGCAAAGAGGACUCUCUCUUCGAGUACGAGUGCUUCUAUAGAUAUUGAUUCUCUACAUGAGGAAAUUGAUUUCCAGUCUGUGAUUACACGGAGCAGGUUUGAGGAGCUUAACAUGGAUCUCUUUGGGAAAUGUAUGGAGCUGGUUGAAAAGUGCUUGAGGGAUGCUAAGAUUGACAGAAGCGUCGUCGAUGAUGUGGUCCUUGUUGGUGGGUCCACCAGGAUCCCAAUGGUACAGCAGCUUCUACGGGAAUUUUUCGAUGGGAAGGAGCUCUGCAAGAGCAUUAACCCUGACGAGGCUAUGGUUUAUGGAGCAGCCGUUCAAGCUGCGAUACUGAGUGGAGAGUGUAAUGAGAAUGUCCAGGACAUGCUGCUCUUAGAUGUGACCCCCUUUUCUCUUGGUCUCGAUACUGCAGGAGGUGUGAUGACGGUCAUGAUCCCGAAAAAUACCCCUAUUCCCAUAUGUAAGGAGCAGGUCUUCUCAACUAGCUCAGACAACCAAGAAUCUUUCGUAAUCUCGAUUUACGAGGGUGAGAGAAGAAGUAACAACUUUCUGGGAAGGUUUGAGCUAUCAGGGAUUCCUCAGGCACCUAAGGGCAUUCCUCAGAUUACGGUCCGCUUCAGUGUUUAUGCUGAUGGUUUCUUGUAUGUCUCCAUGGAGGACAAGACAAUCAGUAAUAAGGCUACUUUUAGUGUUGUUGAUCAACGAGGUACAUUGUCCAGGGAAGAUGUCGAGAGGAUGGUUCGGAAUGCAGAGAGGUACAGGGUUGAUGACGAUGAGUACAAGCGGAAAGUCGUGGCCAGGAACGCUUUGGAGACCUAUGCUUACAGAAUGAAGAGCGCAAUCGAAGAUAAUAUGUAUCAUCCCGAGCUACCACCCACAGUAAGGAGGACAAGUGUGAAUGCUAUUUGCCGAGCUAUUGAAUGGUUAGAGAUGAAUCAGCUAACUGAGGUGGAUGAGAUUGAACAGAAGAUGAAGGAGCUAGAAAGAAUCAUUGAGACAAUGAGGGUCAUGGGGCCUGUGGUAGGUGUUGAUUUUGGCACCAGUUACUCGAGCGUAGGAGUCUGGCAUAACGAUCAUGUGGAGAUUAUUGCCGAUGAGCAAGGUGAAAGGAGGAUUCCAAGUUAUGUUGCUUUCACGGGGACCCGAUGUUUGGUUGGUGACGCUGCCAAGAGGCAGGGGACUAUUAACCCGAUUAUCACAGUAUUUGGUCCGGAGCUGCUACUUGGAAGAAGAUUCAGCCACACUUCGGCUCAAAGCCAACGGAAGCUCUGGCCAUUCAAGGUUGUUACCGGUCCUUCUGGGAGACAGCUGAUAGCUGUCAACUAUAAGGGCGAAGAGAAGCACCUUCAUCCCGAGGAGAUCUCAUCUAUGAUCCUUGCAGGGAUACGGGACAUCGCAGGGGCCCACACCGGCUCAACCGUCAAUAAUACGGUUAUUGCUGUCCCUGCUUCCUUUGACCGCUCUCAGCGAAUCGCUGCAAGAGAUGCUGCCCGCAUUGCUGGUUUCAACGUAAUGAGAAUCAUCAAUGGAUCAGUUGCUGCAGCCAUUGCUUACGGUUACAGCCUCCACAGAAAGGGGACAGAUCUGGGCCCAAAUAAUGUUUUGGUCUUCGAUCUCGGUGGAAAUACUCUUGAUGUCUCAGUUUUAACCAUUGAAGAAGGUGUAGUCGAAGUGAAGGCCACUAAAGGGGAAAACCAUCUAGGAGGGGACGACAUUGAUAACAGAAUGGUCGAUCAUUUCGUUCGGGAGUUUGAGAGCAAGCAUAACAAGAAUAUUAGAGGAAACAUUAAAGCUCUAAGGAGAUUAAGGAAUGCCUGCGAGAGUGCAAAGAGGACCCUCUCAUUGGCUUCUCGGGCUACCGUGUUGAUUGAUUUUCUAUAUGAGGGUGUCGAUUUUUUCUCCACAAUCACCCGUGCAAAAUUUGAGGAGCUCAACAUGGAACUCUUUAUGAAGUGCAUGGAUGUCGUUGAGAAGUGCUUAAAUGAUGCUGAGGUGAAUAAGAGUAGCAUCGACGAUGUUGUCCUUGUCGGUGGUUCAAGCAGGAUCCCGAGAAUGCAGCAAUUGUUGCAGGAAUAUUUCGAUGGCAAGGAGCCCUGCAGGAGCAUUAAUCCCGAUGAGGCUGUCGCUUACGGCGCAGCUGUUCUUGCUGCGCAGCUGGCUGGAGAGGCUGACGAGAAAGUGCAGGACAUGCUGCUCCUGGAUGUCACUCCUCUGUCUCUCGGCCUAGAAAAUCCGGGAGGCAUCAUGACUGUCAUGAUCCCGAGAAAUACCACCAUUCCUACAAAGAAGGAACAGGUCUUCUCGACACAUUACGAUAACCAAGAGAGUUUCUCUGUCAAGGUCUACGAGGGUGAGAGCGUAAGGACGCGUGACAAUGACUUUUUGGGCGAGUUGGUUCUUUCUGGGAUACCCCCGGCACCGAUGGGACUUCCACAGAUUCACAUCUGCUUUGAUAUUGAUGCUGUUGGCAAUUUACAUGUUUCAGCAGAGUUGAAAUCCGCCAAAAAAAGGGCUAAGAUCAAUAUGAAUGAUGGUAGAGGUGGGUUUUCAGACGAAGAAAUCCAGAGGAUGAUUCGGGCUUGGUCCGCAUGAAUCAAGGAGAGGAUCAAAUCGUCGAUGGAAAUGAACUUCAAAACGCUGUUUUUUCGUCGCGAAGGAUCACUGAAGUGCAAAGCUGGUUCUUAUUUCGAAGGCUUUUUGGAGGCUGAGAGACGAAUACUUGCGAGGAUGCUGAGAGGAAUUCCCUGAUGGAUAAUUAACGCCACAACCGAGAUUCAUGCGUUUUUUUUUUUCCUUUUUUUUUUUUUACGGAAAUUUCCUUGGGAUGCAAAGGAGUAUGAGGCUGGAAAACAUUACCCAGAAUUUGUGUGCUGCAUCUAUCUAGAGGAUCAGUCGGGUAGGAUAAGAGAGUCGGGCCGUUUCUGUAAUAGAAAAUGAUCCGCAGUACAGGAGAAAAACAAUCAGGAUUGAGGAUACAAGAGAUGAAUCCUCAGAUCAAGGAGACAUAAAGAACGUACAAACCGAGUAUCGGGUGACCCAGUUCCUCCUUUGUCAUCAUCAUUCGACGGUUGUACAUGGAGGCGAAUUACUAGCGCUGGUAUUAGUAUUGAAGAUGUAUAUCAUAGCUUCAGUUGUCAGAGUCCAUAGCCUAAACUUCUUAAAUCACAUCCAGUCAGAUAAAAUUGAUUCACUGCAGCAUCUGCUCUAAUUUAUGAUCCAUAAGCGACUAUCAACAGUUUGUUUAUGAGUGAAAAGACAAACUUGACAAGAUUGAAUGAAUCAGUAUUCCAGAAUCAGAACGAACGGUUUAAGGUGUUGCUGAUUUGCAGAGACUUGGCAGAUCCCUCGAAGACGUGCUAAUUGAUCUGUGUGCUGCAAUUCGAUCUAUCCUUCCUCCGCGCUAUCACCUUGUUUUCAGCAUAUCUUUGUCUCUUCGGGAAAAAUAUGUAGCUAUGACCCUUUCAAUCAUACAUAACAGUUGUGCCACAAGCAUAGUCUCAGGAAGCUUUUUCACAUAUCAAUACCAAGUCUAAGAAUCAAACAAUUUACUGAUUUUCGGCGAGCUGAAUGUCCAGGUAGCUCUUCAAACUUCAAAGGGCUUCCAUUAACGGAACUGAUACGAUACUGAAAGUCAAAAUCGAUAUCGAAUUUUCUAUCAAAAGGGGCAAUUUUCAACCACGCCUUAGUAUUGUAU